GAGGAGAAAGAUGGGUGGAAGUCGGAAUAUACAACAAAGGAGGAGAAGAUGGCGGCGCUUGGGGAUAACAGUGGCGGCGGCGGCGGCGGCGGCGAAGUUGGUGGCAUCUAUCGACACCAUGCACAGCAGUCGAUCUGCGUGUCGCGCGCCAAGUACCGUGAGGGGCGCAGGCCACGCGCGGUGAAGGUGUACACAAUCAACUUAGAAUCUCGAUACUUGUUGAUACAAGGUGUCCCUGCCUUGGGUGUUAUGAAGGAAUUAGUUGAGCAGUUUGCAUUGUAUGGGACCGUUGAAGAAUAUAAUCCACUAGAUGACUAUCCAGCAGAAGAAUUUACAGAAGUCUACCUGAUCAAGUUUCAAAAAAUACAGAGUGCAAGAGUAGCCAAAAGAAAACUGGAUGAACGGAGUUUCUUUGGCAGUUUGUUGCAUGUGUGCUAUGCUCCAGAAUUUGAGACUGUACAGGAGACCAGAGAGAAACUGCAAGACAGAAGGAAGUAUAUAGCAAAAGCAACUAGUAGCAAAGAUCAGUUACUGAGGAAGAACUCCAAGAAAAGUUUUCAAAAGACAAUACAGCUAGAAGCUUCUGGAGCUUGUACAUUUGAGGCAGCCACUAGUAACUGGAAUCCAUCUGCCCAUGUUUCAGAUCACCACCAGUCAUCCUGCUGUGAACUGUCACUGAGAAAUGUGGCCUCUCUUUUAGGACAGCAGUGUCAGAGUGUGUUAGCAGCACCUCAGAAUGUUGGUGACUGUGCUGAGACAGCUGAAUGUUUUAGCCAGACUCAGAGCUUACAGCAAGGAGUUCAUAACACAUUAGCCCACUGCAAUCUGCAAAGAAAGGUUCCUCGGAAUAAUGGACUUGGCAGAUUUAUGCCCCGAACAACUCAGCUGCUAGAACGAAAGAGAAGACGAGAUGAAGACAACAAACUUGCCCUUUUUGGAAAAGACACUAAUAGUGAAGAAAUAAUUAUUGGUCCAAGGUUACCAGAAACACUUAAAAUAGACAUGGAGGAUGAUUCACUGAAUACUUCAGCAAACUUGAUUCGUAACAAACUAAAGGAGGUUGUAGUUCCUGUUCAGACUCCAGAUCUGGUUGGUGGUACAGCAAUGGACAGCCAAACAAAGCCAACAAUAAAGCAAAGAAGACGAAUAUAAAUAUUACUUGUAGAAUAUUCUAUGUAUUUAAUUUAAACUGAUUCAGUUCUGAUUGAUCACACAGCAAAACAUGGCUUGAUCUAUUAAAAUAUUUUUGCAUAUUCUAUUUAAUAAACUUAGCAAUCAUGUUGAAAUUUAACUAAAA